AUGGACGGUAAUGAAAAUCGUGUGGUGAUAGAAGCCGCAAGGCCUAAUCUUGAUAAUAUGACUCAGGAUAUUGUGAAACCUGAUAUCACAGGGCAUUUUGAACUAAAACAGUGCAUGCUCAGGACCGAUUUCAGAAAUCUUGAGAGGCAAAUGGGGUAUUUAGCAGCAAAUCAAAUUACUAGACCUGCAGGCACUCUUCCCAGUGAUACAGAGAACAAUCCUCAAGUUAAUGCAGUUACACUCAGAAAUAGGAGGGAACUAGAAGACGUGCCAAAGAAGAUAAAGGACAAGCCUAUACCUGAGGGGGAGUUGACUCCUAAAGCAACGCACGAGUCAAAGAAAGAUGAAGCCAGUUCAGUUGUUUACAUUGUAGGAUCAAUUGUUUAUAAGAAGUUGAAGGAGAGGUCAGAGAAAUAUACAGCGAGAGGAUUGGUUAGAACGGAGGAAAGCAAACAAAAAAUUGGCGGUGCCGAUGAUGUUUAUAUUGGUGAUAUCAGGGAUACUGAGAGUAUUAUUCCUGCCAUACAAGGUAUUGAUGCUCUUGUUAUUCUUACAAGUGCUGUGCCAAAAAUGAAGCCCGGGUUUGAUCCAACUCAAGGUGGAAGACCGGAAUUCUAUUUUGAGGAUGGGGCAUACCCUGAACAGGUAGACUGGAUUGGCCAGAAGAACCAAAUAGAUGCUGCUAAAGCUGCUGGUGUGAAGCAGAUCGUGCUAGUUGGGUCAAUGGGAGGGACAAAUCCUAACCACCCCUUGAACAGUAUUGGCAACGGGAAUAUAUUGUUAUCGCAAUUGCAAGCACCAGCCUCGCAAUUGUGA